AAUUCUGAGACUCAUAAAUUCCGCAGAAAAUCUGAAAUAUAUCCACAAUCUUUGGACCCUGAAAAACCCAUCUUUAAUGCCCCCAACAAAUCUUUUUAACAUUUUUAAAGAAAAUGAAAUUAUGAAACAGUGAUAAUCAAUCAGCCAUGUUUUGGUGUAGGAAUUUCAUCAAAAUCUCGACAGCUACCAAAGCUAAGAGCCCCAUCACCACUAACCUUAUACUAACUUCUUUAUCACAUUUCAGCACCGCCAACCAACCCCCAGUUGCGGCUCAACCUUCAGGUCUUGGACCCACCAAAGCAGAUGAGAAACCAAGGGUGGUAGUGUUAGGCUCAGGUUGGGCUGGUUCCAGGCUAAUGAAAGGCUUGGACCCCAAGCUGUAUGACAUCGUUUGCGUUUCACCCAGGAAUCAUAUGGUGUUUACUCCCCUCUUGGCUUCCACUUGUGUUGGGACUCUCGAGUUCAGGUCCGUCGCUGAACCCAUUUCCAGGAUUCAACCCUCCAUUUCUUCAGCACCUGGCUCCUAUUUUUUUCUUGCUAAUUGUACAGCUGUCAACACUGAGAGCCAUGAGGUGCAUUGUGAGACAGUGACUGAAGGAGAUCAAACAUUGGAGGCAUGGAAGUUUAAGAUUUCAUAUGAUAAAUUGGUUAUUGCAUCAGGGGCACAAGCAUCUACGUUUGGAAUCCAUGGCGUAAAAGAGCAUGCGGUUUUUUUACGCGAAGUUCACCAUGCUCAGGCAAUUCGCAGGAAGCUACUUCUGAACUUGAUGCUAUCCGAUGUGCCUGGGAUUUCUGAAGAAGAGAAACGUCGAUUGCUGCAUUGUGUGGUUGUGGGAGGUGGUCCUACAGGGGUUGAGUUUAGUGGUGAACUUAGUGAUUUUAUUAGGAGCGAUGUUCACCAAAGAUACACACAUGUAAAAGAUUAUAUCCAUGUAACACUGAUAGAGGCAAAUGACAUUCUGUCUUCCUUCGAUGAUCGCCUUCGUCACUACGCAAUUAAGCAGUUAACAAAGUCAGGAGUACGUCUAGUUCGUGGGACUGUAAAGGAUGUUAGACCUGAAAAUGUAAUCCUUAGUGAUGGUUCGGAGGUUCCUUACGGAUUGCUAGUAUGGUCAACUGGUGUUGGUCCUUCUCCUUUUGUAAACUCUCUAGGACUUCCCAAAUCUCCUGGUGGAAGGAUCGGUAUUGAUGAGUGGCUUCGAGUUCCUACUGCCCAAGAUGUGUUUUCAAUUGGCGACUGCAGUGGGUUUCUGGAGAGUACGGGUAAACCAGUUCUUCCUGCGUUAGCACAGGUUGCUGAAAGACAGGGAAAAUAUCUGGCAGACCUAUUGAACAAAAUUGGUAAAGAAGGUGGAGGACAUGCUAACCGUGCUAAGGCAUUAGACUUUGGGGAUCCAUUCGAAUACAAGCAUCUAGGAAGCAUGGCUACCGUUGGCAGAUUCAAGGCUCUUGUUGACCUAAGACAGAGCAAGGAGGCAAAAGGCGUAUCCCUAGCAGGAAUUUUCAGCUGGUUUAUAUGGCGCUCAGCAUAUCUAACACGGGUCGUUAGCUGGAGGAACAGAUUCUAUGUGGUUAUUAACUGGCUUACAACUUCUGUAUUUGGUCGUGACAUUAGCAGAUUAUAGAUUCAACAAGAGUCAAAUUUUACCGGGUUUUAGAUCCAAA